GGUAACGAGGUCGUCAUGCUAUGACUUGUUGCUCCGGUAUCGCCUUGGAUAGUGUAUCAGGCUAUCAGGAUCUAGAACGGCUCAGCAGACCGCGACAACAUAGCUAGAGACAUCGACUCUACUUUCAGCGGAGCUGAACUCGGACCACCGUGCGGGUUUACAUCAUAUCCAGGCGAUCAAUGUUCAGCAUGUACCCGUGGUGACGGGCUGGUACAGCAACGCAAUUCGAGAACUUUCGUCAGCACCUGGUCAGGAUCAGAAUAGGCAACAGUAAGGAACAAGUUUACGUAUCUCUUUCGUCACCCCUGGCCGAAUCGGUGCCGGACAUCGCUGGACUCCAUUGCACAAGAGGCGACUUGCUUGACGCAUACGCCUCGCCGGGUCUUCUUGAGGGUUAUCGAUGGAAGGCUUCGACCAGCCAAAGGCUCGUACUGUCAUGCAAUCGCCAGGCUAUGGCAACUUCAUCCAACCCUCAGCGUUCAACAUGACAACGUCCGACGAUCAUCAUGAUCUAUCUCCUGAUGCGGUUCCGGAUAUCGCUCAGGUCUUUACCAUGUACAAGCUGAACGAGCCCGUGGAGAGGCCACCAUAUAGGCAAUCUCGCACGCAUCCAGAGACAGGUCACUGGAGUACUGGCGGUACAUCUUCGGCCAACCAAAGCGAACUUGCGAGCCGAGGUAUCGACCAUGGAGAACCUUUGCUGCAGCAAGCCGCAAGUUCCGAUAGGCCUUACCGGAACGCUAGCCCAGAAAAGCGAGCGAGAGAGAGGGCGCCCGUACAUGGUCGUAGCUCUACAUAUGCAGGCAUGGCACCUGCACCUAGCAGACAGCGAAGUGGGAUCGGAGAUGGGUACGCCAGAACAUCCCCAAGUAAAGACUAUCAUCAGCGCUACACGGCUCCGGUACCCGGCGAGGGGGUCUUUGUGCGACCUUUGACCUCCGAAUAUUCCGGGCCGUCAUUUGAUAAUUUCGGCAUGAAAUCGCCGGACGCCAACUCGGAACCAUCAGAUGACAGCCUUGUGACCGAUGGCGCGGUCGAGGAGACUUUUCAAGGCAGAGCGUCCAUCUAUCAUCCCAACGAGGUCUCAGACAGCUCGUUUGCGAAUUUUUCCCGGUCCACGUCCGUCAGCUCUUUCGGCCAGCGAUCGCAGGGACUACCCAGUCCUGUUGUCACGGAUAGAUUAUCAAGUCAGGCUCUGGACUUGAUCGAUGAGGGGAAGAGCAAGACGAUCGACUCGGCUCGAGUCGCACGUUGGGGAGGUCCGGUCCAGCUUGUGACGAGGCUGGAGAACGAGAAAGCUGGUCAAUUCGAUGGGGGCGUUAUUGAGGAUCUGAAAGGCUCUACCCAUGUGCUGCUGUCUUCUCAUGAGCUUCGAAAACAGAUCUUUCCGCUCUUAGCCGCGCUCCUGCCUAUCAUAUGCGGCAGUUUGGUUGUCCUUGACGUCCAUGACAGUCUACUGCAGGGACUGCCAGACGGCCUUUCUCGGUGUCAUGCUCUCGAGGAACUCAAUAUAUCCGGAAAUCCGAUAUCAGAAGUGCCAAUCUGGCUAGGAGAGCUGGUCAACUUACGUGUAGCGAUGAUGGACGAUUGCAACUUGCGGUCUCUACCUGCGUCUUUGAUGGCUGCGCAACACUUGCAUACCAUCUGUGUCCGCCGAAACCGGCUCAUAUCCUUGCCGUCCUGGCUGUCUCAAUUGCCAAGACUAGAGAUGCUACUUAUCGAUGGGAAUCCCUUCGUCGGUCCAUGGAAAACCUUGAGCGAAACAAUCAACGCUCCGUCAGCUGCAACUCGCAAUUCUCAGGUGCUCGAGCGAACAAAUUCCUUCAGCAGGCAACCUCGAGAGGUCGUUAACGACUUUACCAUCAGAUCUACAGCUAUGAUGCAACAUCUCGAUAAUCAAGCCGCGAACGUCGCGACAAAUAGCACGCAAGUUUUUGAGCAGAGUUCGCAUGCGGGUCUGCCAGAAGAAAUCAGCCAAGGACCGAAUCGGACUCCCAAGGGUUUGCGACGAAUGCAAAGCGCGAACGCUCUUUUGAGCGUAGGCCCGGAACACGAUCGGCGGCCCCAGAUGCACGUCACGGCUUCGGCAACAGCAACUUUGGGCAGGGCAGGACUAGGGCUUGCACGAGAUGACCGUGCUGCUGCGAUCAGCGACGAGGAAGACGAUAUGGAGAUCCUGUCGAUGCCUAAAGAUGAACCGGCUGUCACGAAUAAGGGGCGCAAAUGGGGUUUUUUGAGGAAGAUGAGCAUGGGCAAGAUGCGGGCGUCCUCCCUUAACAACAACCAAACAGCCCCUCCUGUGCCUGAAGUUCGAGGGCGGAUUUCGUCUGCACCCAGCCAAGAAGGUUCGAUCAAGAGGAAACUGCAAAAGCCCACGUUGGAAAAGCUCGAUGUUUCUGGUCAGAAGACCACCUCCAGAUAUGAUAGAGGGAAGCGGCGGAGUUUCUUACCGAUCUUGGAGGGGCCUCCUUUGUUGAACGUCGCAAUUCCCUCGUUUUCUGCCUCGCCCUUCAGUGUCUCGACACUGUCUCUUCACGGACCGAGCGAGAGUGAUAGUAUGGGCAAGGCAUCGGCCGUCGAGUCCCCCGCUUCCUCGAUUAACCCUCCAUCGGGACCGUCAAGCAGAGGAUCUCAGCCCGCGAGCGCGAUGACAUAUCAAACCGGUCUCAAGUCGGUUAUUUCCUACUUGGGGGAUCUCUAUGAUCUAUCGCUGCCGGUCCCAGCAGUCUUAGGCGGCGCCGAAGUCAUACAGAGCGAACCUGGAACCGCUUCUGCAUCUAUAUCGGUUACGUCUGAGGCUAGAUCCGGCGCAUCUUCACCUCAUAUCGGGACGAAUGCCGAGCCGAACCGGCAUAUGGGGAUCCGAAACCCGACUCCCCAAAACAUCGCGUACGACCGAUCGAGAGCAGAAGCUUCUCCUAACGGACCACUAUCGCCUGCCCUGACCGACAGAUCCGGGACUGGUGAAUUGCCAUCUUCACGUCGACCUCCUUCUGUAGCCAAGGCGGCGGAGGAAGUGGCAACAUCGCUCAAGCGCUAUAAGGACGAUCCUCUUGUACGGCAUGGCGUGAUCAAGCACAUCAUCGAUACCGAGCGAAGCUAUGUCCGGGGCCUGCAAGACUUAGUGUCGAUCUACGUGAGGCCGGCCUCUCAGCCAAUCUCUAAAGGAGACAUGGAGACGGUAAUACCAGCCAACGAAAGAAAGAUCGUAUUCGGCGGAGUCGAGGGAAUCUUGCAGUUCCAUUCCCAAAGUUUCCUUCCCGCCUUGGAAAAGGCUGCCGAGCCGCUACUUCGUUCCAAACAAGCGUUGAACGGAGACAGCUCGCAGCGAUUGGCAAUACACAUCGCCAACGUCUUCAAACAAUAUCACCCCUUCAUGCGCCAAUACUCUGCUUACAUCAAUAAUUUCGACUAUGCGUUGAUGCGUCUGGAAAGCUGGACUGGUGCUGCUGAGAAACUCGCAGCCCAUCAGGGCUCAUCUCAGGUUGAAAGUAACUCAGGUCACCACGCGGACGCGACAUCGUUGACGGCAGGUGCUAUAACUGCGGGUUUGGGAAUCGCCUCUGGUGGCCCACUAGGCAAGAGCGGUAAUGCUCCGAGUCAUACCGGUCUGACAGUUGCCCAGAGAAAGCGCAUCAAAAGUUUCCUGAAGCAAUGCCGCAAACAUCCUCGCCAUACUCAACUGAACCUGGAAAGCUAUUUGCUCUUGCCGGUUCAGAGAAUUCCUCGUUAUCGCAUGCUAUUGGAAGAUCUAGCUCGAUGCACGCCGCCGCAUCACGACUCUUUCGGGGAUCCCAUCGAGGACGCCUUGCAGGAAAUGGUCACCUUGGCUUCCACCAUGAAUGAGGAAAAGCGGGACUCUGAAUCCAGGCGGAAACUGGUCAAAUGGCAGCAACGCAUCCGUGGUCGGUUUGCCACCCCGUUGGUACAGGCUCACCGGCGUCUUUUACUCGACGGUCAACUGGUGAUCACAAGGAAUGUCAAACGAUCUGCGACUCUGGUGGAAGUACCUGAACAUAUGGUCAACGGCGACGACAAUCACGACCGCACAAUCACCAGUGCCAAGAGCAUCGUUCAGGUCGAGACACUGGCGCCGGAAGUCAUGGAACGGCCUGUACUGGUGCUAUUAGCAACAGACAUGAUGCUGCUCUGCAAAGACCCAUCGCAUGGUCGGGAUCCCGACUGUACGGUGGAGCUUUUUGCGGUACUCAAGUUACAAACCAAGCGCAGACCUGCCAGUGUCAUCAACGGCAACGGCAUACGCUUGGUGGACAAUCGAAACAUCCUGUAUCUAUCGGCUCCCACACCUCACGACGCUUAUACUUGGGUCCAGACGAUCAACGACUCUUUCGAGAGCACCCGUUGAGAAUUACGCAUAUUAUCGAGACAGGUCGAGCAUUGUAUCGUAUUAAUUGCUUCCAGGUCUUGAUGAUCCAGUUCCAAUUUGCAUCCCGGCUCGCGAUACAAACGGGAAAUUGACUUAUAGGUCAUACCCCACGAGUCCGGUUAUGGACUCCGACGGCACUGUCGGCCGUGAAUGCUAAUGCAGUGUCUGACAAUAGCAACUUACAUUGUUUACAGUAUGCAAUUGUAAUCUCCCGGGAGACGCAUCGUCAUUUCACCCUUUUUCUUAAGACAGGUCGGACUUUC